GAUUUUCGCCUAUCCCGCUACUCAGCCAUCCUCGUUGACGAGGCACAUGAGCGUUCUCUUUUCACUGACGUUCUGAUAGGCUUCUUAGUGCUUAUUCAACGUCUUAGACGCCGAAACUAUCGUCCCGGGCAGCCUGACACGGCUCUUCCACCUCUCAAAGUCGUCAUUAUGUCAGCCACACUGAGAGUGGCAGAUUUUGCAGAAAAUAGGCGCCUUUUUUCUUGGUCUUCAUCUUCCUCAUUAGUCGACCUGAAAUCUAAUUCCGAUUCUCUGUUAAAUCCACCACCCGUCAUUUCUAUAGAGUCGCGUCAGUUCCCAGUCACCAUUCACUUUGCAAAAAAAACUCAUAGCGAUUAUCUGAAGGCCGCGUUUUAUAAGGUAUGCCAACUACACACCACCACAUCUGCUACCAGUGGCGGGAUUCUUGUCUUUUUAACUGGACAACGGGAAGUAAACACAUUUUGCAUGUGGCUCCGGCGCGCCUUUCCCUUUCAAGUAUCCGGGGCGGGGACAAAGACAGAAGUUGUGUCGAAUCCAGUAAAUAAAAAGGAGAUGGGAAACAAAUCUAAGCGUCGGCGUCAAGAUGGCGUAUCCAAGAAAAUUCAACAGAUUUUUUCAAGGAAUGAGACUAUUUUAUGUGACUCGGAAGCUAGUCUGACCGGGAAAGAGGCGUAUCAACCUGGAAAAAUAUGUUUGGAUGAGUAG